AUGCAAGGUAUCAAUAGAACCACUGUGGUUACACAGUUCAUCCUGGUUGGAUUUUCUAGCCUGGAGGAGCUCCAACUGCUGCUUUUUGUCAUUUUCCUUCUCCUGUACCUGACAAUCCUGAUGGCCAACGCAACCAUCAUGGUUGUUAUCCGCUUCAGCAGAACCCUACACAAUCCCAUGUAUGGUUUCCUAUUCAUCCUUUCCUUUUCUGAGUCCUGCUACACUUUUGUCAUCAUCCCUCAGCUGCUUGUUCAUCUUCUCUCAGCCAUCAAGACUAUCUCCUUCGUGGCCUGUGCCACCCAGCUCUUCUUCUUCCUUGGCUUUGCCUGUAGCAACUGCUUUCUCAUUGCUGUGAUGGGAUAUGAUCGCUAUGUGGCAAUCUGUCACCCCCUGAGGUACACACUUAUCAUAAACAAAAGGCUAGGGUUGGCAUUGGUAUCUCUGUCAGGAGUCACUGGCUUCUUGAUUGCUUUGGUGGCCACCAACCUCAUUUGUGGCAUGCCUUUUUGUGGUCCCAAUAGGGUCAACCACUAUUUCUGUGACAUGGCACCUGUUAUUAAGUUGGCAUGCACAGACACCCAUGUAAAAGAACUAGCCCUCUUCAGCCUCAGCAUCCUGGUAAUCAUGGUGCCUUUUCUGCUAAUUCUCAUAUCCUAUGGCUUCAUCCUUAACACCAUUCUGAAGAUCCCCUCGACUGAGGGCAAAAGGAAGGCCUUUGCCACCUGUGCCUCACACCUCACUGUGGUCUUUGUCCACUAUGGCUGUGCCUCUGUCAUCUACCUUCGGCCCAAAUCCAAGUCUGCCUCACAUAAAGACCAGUUGGUGGCAGUGACCUACACAGUGGUCACUCCCCUACUUAAUCCUCUUGUUUACAGUCUCAGGAACCAGGAGGUGAAGGCAGCGCUAAAAAGAGUUUUGGGAAUGCCUGUGGCAACCAAGGUGAGCUAA